CACGAAACCAUGGUGAUAACAUCGGAAGACCAACAGACACGAGAUGGACAGAAAGUAGAAGAGGUGGAGGACGAAUGUUUAUCUGGAGAGAAAGAAGAAAUAAGUGAGAAAGGAAGAAUGUCACCUACUACUAGUACAGUUAUCAUUGUAACUAAAACUGAAGGAGUUCAAACGGGCCACGCAUUAUUAAAAAGUUUAUUGAAAAACAAGAAAAAUCCAGGCCGCAUAGAAAAGAUUAAAAUCAUAAAGAGUCCAAUAACAGAAAUAAAGAACGCCACGAUGCCAUCGCGCACGAAUCUACGUCAAGAAUUAGAAAGACAACAGUUUUUACAUGAAGAGAAACAAUUAUCUAUGGUACAAAGAAAUGGUUCAAAUAAUAAUAUACAGUCGUCAGAGGGUAUACAAGUACCUAAUAUACCAGCUACAGCUGAAAUACCAUCUAAAGUCUAUCAGGUGAAGACCUUACUUCAACAUCCAACAAAAUAUUACGUCCAACAAAGUCAAAAACGACAAGUUCAAGAUUAUUUAAGUAAAUCACAAGGUCGACCACAUAUAACACAAUCGUUACCCACCAUUCAUGAUGAUGAAACUCUUGAUUUAUUGUCUCCAACCAUGACAGGUAGCGCCCCUGUUGAAACAGAUCCUGUGUCAUCAGACAUGGACAGUAUAUUAAAUGGUAUAUUAAGUUUUGAGUCGAGUGGUUUAACUGGAAGUGUUGACAGUGAUUUACAUUUUAUAGAACCUACAUUAGCCCCUGUCUCGUCUACAUUGCCAUAUGCGUCACACUAUAGUAACGAUGCUCCCGUACCCAAAUCCUCCUCGUCAUGUCCAGCUGAGAUUGAACAAGACAUGUCAUUAUUUACGUCAGAGGAAGACGCCAAACUCUGGGUUAAAGACAGACAGAAAAAAGAUACGCAUAAUAUGAUCGAAAGACGGAGACGUUUUAAUAUUAACGAUAGAAUAAAAGAACUGGGAACAUUAUUACCUCGUACGACAGACCCAGACAUGAGACAAAAUAAAGGAACAAUAUUAAAAGCUUCGGUGGAUUACAUCAGAAGAUUAAAAAGAGAUCAGGAUAAAAUGAAACAAGCAGAGGAAAAAAAUCGUAUGCUUGAAUCUAAUAACAGAAAAUUAUUACUCAGAAUGCAGCAAUUGGAUUUAUUGAUGAAAUCCCAUGGAAUGUCAACAGGUAUGCAUGAAGAUGUCACCGCAUUAACCACUAUGGUCUCGCCAAACACAACAGACCUAAUCAAGACAGAAAACCAUGAUCAAUCGCACUGCAACCAAUCAAAUAAUAGUUCGCAGUUCGAUAUACUGAUGGAGGAUUCGUCUCCAGUUAGCGGGGAUCCCAUGUUGAUGUCUAACCCCGUGAGUCCUUUUAUGGACGACACCAGCUCCGAUUUCUCUUAAUUUGACGGAGAAAGGAUAGAGGAGGCGGAAAUUGUUAUUGAUUUGUUGAAGAUUGUAAAAGAUGUUGCCACAAUUUUGUUGACCUUUUUAAAAGAUAUUGCCUCAUUUCGAAAGACUCAAAUGUGGUAAUUGUUAUGUUUUAUCUGUUAAAGGGAGAUGACUCUUGUUUAUUUUUAUCCUGAAGAAAAAUUAUGAGUGAGUGGAAUGAAAUCACCUUUUCCUGACAUUUGGUGCAGGCGUUUUGUGCAUUCUGAUUUUAUUAUUAAAAACUAGUUUUAGCAAUUAGGUGCUCCACUGUGCAAAUCCAUUUAUGGAGAAGACUGAAAAAUGAUUUUAUAUGAUGGUACUGUGGUAUCAGAAUUGUUCUACUACUUCAACCAUUUCUUUUGUACUAGAUUGUUCCUAGUGGAGAUGUCACGUCACAAGGAUUCACAAGGAGUGUAAAUUUUAAACUGUAAAAAACAACAUAGUUUUGUGUAUAUAAAUAUAUUAGCGAUCACAACAUUUUCAUAAAUUCAGAUGACAUUAAAAAGGGGUCAAGCAUCAACAAUGUUUUGAUCAGACCUUGACAGUUAUAAGAUAAAAAUGGAUUAUAUAGACCUUAUACAUGUAUAUAUAUAAAACCAUUCUCACCAUUGGCAUAAGUUCCGAUGGUGUUAAAAAAGGGGUCAAACAUCAACAGUGUUUUGAUUGGACUUUGACAGUUUCGUGAACAAAAAUAAAAAAAGGAAUGGAUUAUAAAUUCUUGGUUUCCGCAUGAACUAUGUAGCAUGAUUCUGGAUCGGACCAACCAACCACAUCCUUUGUGACAUAUCAGCACAAGACAUUUUGAAUUGAAUCAAGUCUGGUAAUAAGACAACAUACAGACAACCGAGGCACAGAUUUAGACUUUGGCACAAUUCCUUUGUCUGGCAUUAACACACCUUGUCAAUUUCAGUGGUGUCUGUUCGGGUAAUUUCCUGAAUUUAAAAUCACAGACUAAUUUCUAUAUUUAACUAUGACAUCAUCAUUAGCCAAUCAUUGUUUAGUUUUUGAGAAACCAUUUUAAAGUUUAAUUUUGUUUGUGGACAAGCAGUUAAUUAAAUAUUUUAAAUGUUAUGAUGUGGUACAAGAAUUUAUUCUUUAAAAAUUUUUACCUUGGAACCUUUCAUGGCCUUGGCUGGAAUGUCAUGUCAGAAAAAACGGACGCUUAUAUUGUGGGCACUAUUAUAUUUGAUGACUGGUUCAGAAUUAUAAACAGGAUUGAAUAUUUGUUUUAUUUUUUGUUAAUUUUGGCAUGAUUGUUGAUGUCAAUAAGCAAAUCCUUGUUCAUGUAUCACAGAAAUCCAACAUGAGAAAAUUCAGAUCCAUUACGGUACCCGACCGAUCAAUCUGAUUAAAACACAAAUCCUGUUUCGUUUCGGAAACAUCAACACUGAUUAGUUAAAUCAAAUGUCUGACGUCAUAGGGUCAAAAGAUGCUCAUAUGACCUCUGACACGACCUUCCACUACAAGCGUUCAGAUCUUCAUGUAGUGUAGGCCAUCGAAAGUAUAACAAAAACGAAACAAAAUAUAGAUCUGUAUUUUGAUCAGAUUGUUGAAAGAAUAUGACUGGAUAAAAAUGGCUCAAAUAAUGAGAGUUUUAGUAAUUAAAUGUAUAUACUGGCCCCUAAAGGCAUAUCAAAAUAUUAGAUGUACAUAAUGAUUCAUUUUAAAUAUUUUUAAACAUUCAUUUCAUCGUCAUCUGUAUAUAAACUAAGUUCAUUGAUCGUUAUAUUAUUUGAGGUAAUUUAAUUGUAGACGGAUAUUUUAUGCAGACAUAGAUUAUGUUAAUGAUAAUUUCUCCUAAUGAUGUAAAGUUUUAUGCACCAGCCACUUUGACAGACACAAUGUGGGUGUGGCUUAUUAUGUUAAUGAUAAUUUCUCCUAUUGAUGUAAAGUUUUAUGCACCAGCCACUGUGACAGACACAUUGUGGGUGUGGCUUAUUAUGUUAAUGAUAAUUUCUCCUAUUGAUGUAAAGUUUUAUGCACCAACCGCUGUGACAGACACAAAGUGGGUGUGGCUUAUUGUAUUGAAAUAUAUAUAAAAUGUGACAGACACAAUGUGGGUGUGGCUUACAGUGGAUUGAUUUUCAGAUUUCUAAAAAUCGUGAAUCUUUAGAAUCAAUUUAUUUUCCAUGUCUGUUUAUCUUUAAAUAUUUGUUGAUGGCAGAGAUUGAUCAGAUUCAUUUCAUUUCAAUUAACAUCGAAUAACGAAUACCAAAAAAUAUUGCCGUGAGUGCCACCUCAACCCUCAGCUGGAUUGACUCCUAGUAUAUUAUUUCGGAAAUUAAUUGUAACAAUUGGUGUUAAUUGUCAGAGAGAGAAAAGAGGUUUAACAUCCACUCGACACAAACUAGGUCAUUUCAGGACAAACAUAUGGUUCAAUUUUUUAUUUCAAUAAUUUGCGUGUAGGGGUCCUUAGCAGUGGGAGGGAAACUGGAGAACCCAGAGAAAACCCACGAGGUUGGACAGGCAACCCAACUGAUUGUCACGUACAACCAGGGAUUCGAAAGUUAAUUGUCAGUCAGUCAUAGCCAGUGCCUUUUAUAAAAUAAUUUGUACAUGAUGUAAAUAUAGAUAUAUAUAUAUAUAGAACUGUUAUGUAAAUAGUGAAAUAUUUAUAAAUGUAUAAAUAAUACAGUAGAUCAUUCAAUGUCUUUCUAACUAAUUCUGCAAUCAAAACCAUUUUAAAUCUAUCAUAAAUGAAGGAAUUUAAAAAAAAAAAAAUGAGUUAAAACAACUUUUUAAUGAUUCCUUAACCCCUUGCGAAAUUUUUAUCUCUCUAUAUAUAAAUUUAUGAUGCCAUUUUGUUUCCUUCUGGGAGAUUUAUUCUCUUGGUGUGUAAGAAACAGGGCCCUUAUUCACGAAAACUUAAACUAAGAUACAAUCGAAAUUUUAAGAAAUACUGCGAUUGGAUUGGCUGACCAAUAUGCAAAUUGGAUAUAUGCAAAUUGAUUUUACUGGUCAGCCAAUCGAAUUGUAGUAUUUCUUAAAAUUUCGAUUGUAUCUUAGUUUAUGUUUUCGUGAAUAAGGGCCCAGAAAGAAUGAACUGGAAGGAAUCAUUGAUUGUGAAAACCAUUUCUUCUCGUGGAAGGAUGUAAACUUUCUGGUGUUUGUCAAUCUGGUUAAAACACAGAUCCUAUUUUGUUUCGUGUUUUAUAGUUCAAAAUUUCGUUUUACUUGUCUUUACUACACUUGGAUCUGGAAGAGUUGUUAUAUAACCUGCGUUCUGGAUGAUGUGAGGGAUUAGUCAAUGAAAGGGUCUGUUAUGGCGAUUUUUGGGCGUGAGUUGCACGGAACUGUGGGUUACCCACUAGAAAUAUCAACGCUGAUUGGCUAAAGUCAAAAGUCGCUGGUAUGACCUCUGCCGCAACCUCCCACUACAACUGGUCAGAUCUUCAUGUAGUAACAACCAUCGAAAGUAUAAAAAAAUUAAACGAAAUAUAGAUUUGUAUUUGAAUUA